GAGUGAGCCUGUGUGUGUGUGUAUGUGUGCAUGCGCGGUUUACAUCAGCAAGAGGAGGGAGACACCAUUUACUCUGUCUCUUUUUUUCUCUUUCAUCUCCAUAAAUCUAUCACUCUGAAAACAGAUACAGCCAUCCAGAAAAUAACAGAAGGAAGAGGCAAAGGCAGAGGAGGGGAAGUGGAGCAUUCUGAUAAAGAAGGGGAGUGCCUCAACAGCAGUCAGCAUCAUACACAAUACAUGCUGCUGACUGAUGUCUACCAUGCAACCCAGAACUGGGAACUAACCAGCCAGCUUUAUAUUCUCAAAAGCAGGACAGACAGCAGGCUACAGCAUCACAAAACCUGCCCAAAACCAGGAAAAGGCCUGCAUUGCUGAGGAGGUUGAGGGGAGUUGACUUUUCGUAGGGUGACGCAGGAUCUCACCCCCUGUCUAUAGAGCUGCUGCUGUCUGACCUCCUCCCAGACUGGGCCUCUGGUUCCUGGCCCCGCCCCAGGCUGUGAAGGAUGGGUGAUGGGCCUGUGAUUGACACCCCCCGCCCGCCUUGUCCCGCCAUUCGAUGGAGCCAUUGUGGAACUCCUCCCUCCCCUUCCCACUGCCCAUGCCCAACACCUCGUCCUCUGAGUCACCCGAGAGCGGAGCUCUGUCCCAGUCAAUAGCGCUACUCGCCAUGCUGCUCAUGGACCUGCUGGCCGUGGUGGGCAACGGGGCCAUAAUGGCUGUCAUCGCCAAGGCCCCACAGCUACGUAAGUUUGCCUUUGUCUUCCACCUGUGCCUGGUGGACCUGCUGGCGGCCCUGGUUCUGAUGCCCCUGGGCAUGCUCUCAGGCCGGGCCUUCUUUGGCGAGGCCCUGUGUCGGAGCUACCUCUUCCUCAGCGUGUGCCUGGUCAGCGCCGCCAUCCUCUCCAUCUCAGCCAUCAACGUGGAGCGCUACUACUACAUCAUCCACCCCAUGCGCUACGAGGUGAAGAUGACCCUGGGCCUCGUGGCCUCAGUGCUGGUGGGGAUAUGGGUCAAAGCUUUGUCCAUGUCCGUCCUGCCGCUGCUGGCCUGGGCCUUACAGGGCGAAAGGACUCCUCUUCUGGAGGGUGCUGGAGUUGGGGGAGGGGGUGGAGGUGUACCCUCACCCUCUGCUGCUCAGGGUCACAGGCGAUGCUCCUUGCACUGGACAGGGGGCGGGUCAAACCGUGUUGCCUUCAUGGUCCUGUUCACGCUGGUGUACUUCCUGUGUCCACUGAUGGUCAUCCUGGUAGUGUACUGCAGCAUGUUCAAGGUGGCGCGAGUGGCGGCCAUGCACCAUGGGCCCCUGCCGACCUGGAUGGACACGCCACGCCGCCAUCGCUCUGAGUCGCUCAGCAGCCGUUCCACCAUGGUGACCAGCUCGGGGACAGGGGCGGGGCGCGACACUCCUCACCGCGCCUUCGGAGGGGGUAAGGCGGCAGCGGUGUUAGCAGCAGUGGGAGGACAGUUCCUGUGCUGUUGGCUGCCCUACUUCUCCUUUCACCUGUACUCAGCUCUGGCCUCAAGCCCUCCAGCCACGCUGGUCCCCCUGGAGGAGGUCGUCACCUGGAUCGGCUACUUUUGCUUCACUUCCAACCCCUUCUUCUACGGCUGUCUGAACCGGCAGAUCCGCGAGGAGCUGGGCAAGCAUGUGCCUUGCCUGUUUCGCCAGGCAACGGGAGAGGAGGACCGACUGCCCAGCCGUGAGGGAUCCAUAGAGGAGAAUUUCCUGCAGUUCCUCCAGGGCACUGGCUGCAACCUGGAUCCCCAGGACUCCCACAGCACCUCUAGCCCCAAGGGAGAGGCCUGCCGGCCCCGGGCCCAGCCCCCACAGCCUAUACCCAUUGACUUCCGCAUCCCAGGACAGAUUGCAGAGGAGACCUCAGAGUUCCUUGAACAUCACCAGAUUAAAAACAACCAUAUCAUAUCGGACAGUUAGGUUAUGGAUUUAUUUUAUGUAAAAAAUCAACACAAAAAGUUACCAGGAUAACAAUUACAACAGUAACAUAACCACACUGGUAUACAGUACGUCACGGAGUAUUAACAUAAAGCAUUUUAUUCUUAACAAUCAAAAGCUGUUCAAUGGGAAUCGCAUUUUGCAGCUUCACUUUCCAUUCUGUAAAGGCUGCAAUGCUAUGGAAUUUAUAUUAUUUGUAUCAUGUUCCUAUUAGAGUAUACAACAAAUCAUUUGCUGUGGAUUGUGGCAUUUUGGGGAGAAAGACAAAUGGCACAACUGUAGCUGCAGUGUAUCUGACAGGUUAAUAUGGUCAGUGAGUGAUGCCGAUAUUGGGGUUGUUUGUUAGGGAAUUUGUUUUAGAGAUUUAAUUCUUUACUUUUUUUACUUCACAAUGCAUUGAUAGUGUCAGUAUGCUAUUAAUACAGAUGUAUUAUAUAUUCUGAGAUUUUCUUUUUGGGAUUUCAAACCAAACAAGCAAAGGGGAUGUUAGAGUCUGUCAGCCGUCUUUCUUUCGUUCAGCCUACUUUAAACUAUAUCAGGUUUUAUGACUUUCAGAAGUCAUCAUUGAGCCAAACACUUGUCCAAUAUCUGAUACUGGUAGAUCAAUUACUUUUGAAGAAUUGAUGUAUGACAGCUUAUUUACAUAAGCUGUUGAAUAUAGAAACCAAUAUUGGAGUGCAGGAAGACAUGCCUGAAAAUAUGUAAGUAUUCCUGACCCCUUCACCUCUGUAAAAUAUAAUUAAACAGAUGUAUAGUAGACAGUGAGUGAAUGGUCACUAUAUAACUACUGAAAGUUGGGACUUUUAGAGAUGAUGAAUGAGCUACAGUACUUUAAUUGUGCCCUGGUUGUGAGGUUGAGGCACGGAGGAAGUAAGAAGGACUAUGGGGCAGCCCUCUGUUGUUGAUAGGUAAACCUCUGGGCAGAUACACCCUCUCUCUGGUGCUUUUCCUGAACACAUCAUCUGUGUUUUCCCAUAAGCAGGCCAGGUUUAUUGUGACCACAGUUAGGAUGUAGGCAAUAUUUUCCUUACUAAUCCUGAUCUACUUCUGGCCUGUCAGAAAAGUACAUUUAUUUUCAUCUAUCUACCGUUUAGAUAGUACAGUGCCCCUCAAAUUGACACGGGCAGAUGUUCAGUUAAUUAAGGCAGGAGUAUUUUUGUUAAUUGAUGCACUAAAUUACAUUUCUAUACAAUUAGAUUUUUACAUUUGCUGUUUUACAAACGUAGCUGUGUUUUAUGUUUGAUACAACCUGACAGAUUAUUAGGUAUUAUUGAUUACUGUAUCUUUUGCGAUUAAUUAACUAAAUACAAUGGUGUAUUCAAAUGGAAUACAGUAACUGUCUUUUCAAUGUGUGUUGAUUAGCUGUGGAGCAGCGGGUUGGAGAAUGUAAUAAAUCAAUUAUAUUUUACAGUGCAGCUCCUCAGAGUUCUCUACCUCAGAUACAAUAUUGACUUCAUUUUCAGGUCCAGCACACAAUGUACACAUAGAAAAGAUAUGGUGUAAGUCAUGCCACAUAUUUUUAACUCUAUGCUCCCUGGGUUGCUUUCCUUCUGCAGCUAGACAAGGACAGACUGACAAAAGCUGUCCUCGUGGCUUUGUCUGAGAGACUUGAUACAACGCCUUCACGUCUGCUAUCUCUGGUGUCACAUUGUGAGUGGAUUUAGAAUGGUUUGAGCUGUCCAAAACAGUACUGGCCAAUUUGAGGUAUCAGCCUUGUUAAAACAUAUAUGGUUUAUGCAAGAGUACAGAAUAAAAGUUAUUUAUUUA